AUGACCACCGAGGGCGGGCCGCCGCCGCCCCCGCCGCGCCCGCCGCCAGCCCCGCUCCGCCGCGCGUGCAGCCCGGCCCCCGGCGCACUCCAGGCCGCCUUGAUGAGCCCGCCGCCCGCCGCCGCCGCCCUGGAGACCACCUCGUCGUCGUCGUCUUCCUCCGCCUCCUGUGCCUCCUCGUCCUCCUCCUCCUCCAACUCGGCCAGCGCCUCCUCGGCCGCCUGCAAGAGCGCGGGCGGCGGCGGCGGCGCGGGCGCCGGGAGCGGGGGCGCCAAGAAGGCGAGCUCGGGGCUGCGGCGGCCGGAGAAGCCACCCUACUCGUACAUUGCGCUCAUCGUCAUGGCCAUACAGAGCUCGCCCAGCAAGCGUCUGACGCUCAGCGAGAUCUACCAGUUCCUGCAGGCGCGCUUCCCCUUCUUCCGCGGCGCCUACCAGGGCUGGAAGAACUCCGUGCGCCACAACCUCUCGCUCAACGAGUGUUUCAUCAAGCUGCCCAAGGGCCUCGGGCGACCCGGCAAGGGUCACUACUGGACCAUCGACCCGGCCAGUGAGUUCAUGUUCGAGGAGGGCUCGUUCCGCCGCCGGCCGCGCGGCUUCAGGCGGAAAUGCCAGGCGCUCAAGCCCAUGUACCACCGCGUAGUGAGCGGCUUGGGCUUCGGCGCCUCGCUGCUGCCACAGGGCUUCGACUUCCAGCCGCCCCCAUCGGCGCCGCUCGGUUGCCACGGGCAGGGCGGCUACGGCGGCCUUGACAUGAUGCCCGCGGGCUACGACGCCAGCACCGGCGCCCCGGGCCACGCGCAUCCGCACCACCACCAUCACCACCACGUCCCGCAUAUGUCGCCCAACCCGGGCUCCACCUACAUGGCCAGUUGCCCCGUGCCCGCCGGGCCUGGGGGUGUCGGCGCGGCUGGGGGCGGCGGCGGAGGGGACUACGGCCCGGACAGCAGCAGCAGCCCAGUGCCCUCGUCCCCAGCCAUGGCGAGCGCCAUCGAGUGCCACUCUCCCUACACGAGCCCCGCGGCGCACUGGAGCUCGCCCGGCGCCUCGCCUUACCUCAAGCAGCCGCCCUCCCUGACGCCGAGCAGCAACCCCGCGGCCUCGGCAGGCCUGCAUUCGAGCAUGUCCUCCUACUCGCUGGAGCAGAGCUACCUGCACCAGAACGCCCGCGAGGACCUCUCAGUGGGACUGCCUCGAUACCAGCAUCACUCUACCCCGGUGUGUGACAGAAAAGAUUUUGUCCUCAACUUUAAUGGCAUUUCUUCUUUCCAUCCCUCUGCAAGCGGACCAUAUUAUCACCAUCACCACCACCAGAGUGUCUGCCAGGACAUUAAGCCCUGUGUCAUGUGAAUGGAGGGAGGGAGGCCAUGCCAAGGCCGCUCUCUG